ACUAUAAAAGACAUCUUCAGAGGAGAUGAGGAGAUGCAGGGAAGACUUGGAGGCUACAUCUCAGGGAUCUCAUCUUUAACAUUUCUUCUGUGACCGGCUAGGAACAGUAAGCAGCCGCCAUGAGCACGGACGCGGAGAUGGCCCUCUACGGCAAGGCCGCCAUAUACCUUCGUAAGCCAGAGAGGGAGAGGAUCGAGGCCCAGAGCAAGCCCUUUGACGCCAAGUCCGCCGCUUACGUGGCUGACGUGAAGGAAAUGUACAUCAAGUGUACCAUAAUCAAGAAGGAAGGGGGCAAGGUCACAGUGAAACUGAAUGAAGGCGCCGAGGAGAGGACAGUCAAGGAGGAUGAUGUCACACAGAUGAAUCCUCCCAAGUAUGACAAGAUUGAGGACAUGGCCAUGAUGACCUAUCUCAAUGAAGCCUCUGUGUUGUAUAACCUCAAAGAGCGUUAUGCAGCAUGGAUGAUCUACACCUACUCUGGGCUGUUCUGCGCCACUGUAAACCCCUACAAGUGGCUCCCAGUGUACGACUCAGGUGUCGUAGCUGCCUACAGAGGAAAGAAGCGUAUGGAGGCUCCACCCCACAUCUUCUCUGUCUCUGACAAUGCCUACCAGUUCAUGGCUACCGAUAGAGAGAAUCAGUCUGUCUUGAUCACUGGAGAAUCCGGUGCUGGAAAGACUGUGAACACCAAGCGUGUCAUCCAGUACUUUGCCACUAUCUCAGUUAGUGGUGGUGGAGAGAAGAAGAAGGAGAGCAAAAUGGGGGGAUCUCUAGAGGACCAGAUCAUUGCUGCCAACCCCCUGCUGGAGGCCUACGGUAAUGCCAAGACCGUGAGGAAUGACAACUCCUCUCGCUUUGGUAAAUUCAUCAGGAUCCAUUUCAAUACUAGUGGCAAACUGGCUAGUGCUGAUAUUGAGACAUAUCUGCUGGAGAAGUCUAGAGUGACAUUCCAGCUGCCAGAAGAGAGAGGCUACCACAUCUUCUACCAGAUGAUGACCAACCACAAGCCUGAGAUCAUUGAGAUGACGCUCAUCACCAGCAACCCCUACGACUUCCCCAUGUGCAGUAUGGGUCAGAUCACUGUGGCUAGUAUCGAUGACAAAGAGGAGCUGGAUGCUACUGAUGCUGCUAUCGACAUUCUGGGCUUCAGUAAUGACGAGAAGAUGGCCAUCUACAGGUUCACUGGUGCAGUGCUUCACCACGGUAACCUGAAGUUCAAGCAGAAGCAGCGUGAGGAGCAGGCUGAGCCAGACGGCAAUGAGGAGGCUGACAAGAUCGGCUACCUGCUGGGCCUGAACUCAGCUGAUAUGCUGAAGGCUCUCUGCUACCCCAGAGUGAAGGUCGGCAACGAGUACGUCACCAAGGGUCAGACUGUACCUCAGGUCAACAACUCAGUGAGUGCCCUGGCCAAGUCUACCUAUGAGAAGAUGUUCUUGUGGAUGGUCAUCCGCAUCAACGAGAUGCUGGACACCAAGCAACCCAGACAGUACUUCAUUGGAGUGCUGGAUAUCGCUGGUUUUGAGAUCUUUAAUUUCAACAGCAUGGAGCAGCUGUGCAUCAACUUCACCAAUGAGAAACUGCAACAGUUCUUCAACCACCACAUGUUCGUCCUGGAGCAAGAGGAGUACAAGAAGGAGGGUAUCAUCUGGGAGUUCAUUGACUUCGGCAUGGACUUGGCUGCCUGCAUUGAGCUUAUUGAGAAGCCAAUGGGCAUCUUCUCCAUCCUUGAAGAGGAGUGCAUGUUCCCCAAGGCCUCAGAUGUGACCUUCAAGGCCAAGCUGUACGACCAGCAUCUUGGCAAAACCAAAGCAUUUGAGAAGCCCAAGCCUGCCAAAGGCAAGGCUGAGGCCCACUUCUCCCUGUUGCACUACGCUGGAACUGUGGACUACAACAUCACUGGCUGGCUGGAGAAGAACAAGGACCCCCUGAACGACUCUGUGGUUCAACUCUACCAGAAGUCUUCAAUUAAACUGCUGCCGGUCCUGUAUCCCCCCGUAAUAGAAGAAACUGGAGGUGCUAAGAAGGGCGCAAAGAAGAAGGGUGGUUCCAUGCAAACUGUGUCUUCCCAGUUCAGGGAGAAUCUUGGCAAGCUGAUGACCAACUUGAGGAGCACCCAUCCUCACUUUGUGCGUUGCCUGAUUCCAAAUGAGUCAAAGACUCCAGGUCUUAUGGAGAACUUCCUGGUUAUCCACCAGCUGAGGUGUAACGGUGUACUGGAGGGUAUCAGAAUCUGCAGAAAGGGCUUCCCCAGCAGAAUCCUCUAUGCUGACUUCAAGCAGAGGUACAAAGUACUGAAUGCCAGCGUCAUCCCUGAGGGACAGUUUAUUGACAACAAGAAGGCUUCUGAGAAGCUGCUUGGCUCAAUUGACGUGAACCAUGAGGAGUACAAAUUUGGCCACACCAAGGUGUUCUUCAAGGCUGGUCUGCUCGGUCAACUUGAGGAGAUGCGAGAUGAGAAGCUGGCCAUCCUGGUCGGAUUGACUCAGGCUCUCUCCCGGGGGUUCCUUAUGAGGACCGAGUUUAAGAAGAUGAUGGAGAGGAGGGAAGCCGUCUUCACUAUUCAGUACAACAUCCGCUCAUUCAUGAACGUCAAAACCUGGCCGUGGAUGAAGGUGUACUACAAGAUCAAGCCUCUUCUGAAGAGUGCUGAGACUGAGAAGGAGCUUUCCCAGAUGAAGGAGAACUACGGUAAGAUGAAGACAGACCUGGCCACUGCCCUGGGAAAGAAGAAGGAACUGGAGGAGAAGAUGGUCUCUCUUCUGCAGGAGAAAAAUGAUCUGCAGCUGCAAGUGGCAUCUGAAGGAGAUAACUUGUCAGAUGCUGAGGAAAGAUGUGAGGGACUUAUCAAGAACAAGAUCCAGAUGGAGGCCAAACUAAAGGAGACCUGUGAGAGACUGGAGGACGAGGAGGAGAUGAAUGCUGAGCUGACUGCCAAGAAGAGGAAGCUAGAGGAUGAAUGCUCUGAGCUCAAGAAGGACAUUGAUGACCUGGAGCUUACCUUGGCCAAAGUGGAGAAGGAGAAACACGCCACUGAGAACAAGGUGAAGAACCUGACUGAGGAGAUGGCCUCUAUGGAUGAGAAUGUUGCCAAGCUGUCAAAGGAGAAGAAAGCCCUCCAAGAGGCACACCAGCAGACCCUUGAUGACCUGCAGGCAGAGGAAGACAAAGUCAACACUCUGACCAAGGCCAAAACCAAGCUGGAACAGCAAGUGGAUGAUCUUGAAGGUUCUCUGGAGCAAGAGAAGAAGCUUCGUAUGGACCUUGAGAGAGCCAAGCGAAAGCUUGAGGGUGAUCUGAAGCUGGCUCAGGAAUCCAUCAUGGAUCUUGAGAAUGAUAAGCAGCAGUCUGAUGAAAAGAUCAAGAAGAAGGACUUUGAGACCAGCCAACUUCUGAGCAAGAUUGAAGAUGAGCAGUCCCUUGGCGCUCAACUUCAGAAGAAGAUUAAGGAGCUUCAGGCCCGCAUUGAGGAGCUAGAGGAAGAGAUUGAGGCUGAGCGUGCUGCACGUGCCAAGGUUGAGAAGCAGAGAGCUGACCUCUCCAGGGAACUUGAGGAGAUCAGUGAGAGGCUCGAGGAGGCCGGGGGAGCCACUUCUGCUCAGAUUGAGAUGAACAAGAAGCGCGAGGCUGAGUUCCAGAAGCUGCGUCGUGAUCUGGAGGAGUCCACCCUGCAGCAUGAAGCCACUGCUGCUGCUCUGCGCAAGAAGCAGGCGGACAGUGUCGCAGAGCUGGGAGAGCAGAUCGACAACCUCCAGCGCGUCAAACAGAAGCUGGAGAAGGAGAAGAGCGAAUUCAAGAUGGAGAUCGACGACCUCUCCAGCAACAUGGAAGCUGUUGCCAAAGCAAAGGGUAACCUUGAGAAGAUGUGCCGUACUCUGGAGGACCAGCUCAGUGAGCUCAAGUCUAAGAAUGACGAGAACGUCCGCCAGAUGAAUGAUGCCAGCGCUCAGAGGGCGAGGCUGCUCACUGAGAAUGGUGAGUUUGGUCGUCAGCUUGAAGAGAAAGACGCCCUUGUGACCCAGCUGACCAGAGGCAAGCAGGCCUUCACACAGCAGUUGGAGGAGCUGAAGAGACAUGUUGAGGAGGAGGUUAAGGCCAAGAAUGCUCUUGCUCAUGGUGUGCAAUCCGCCCGCCACGACUGUGACCUCCUGAGGGAGCAGUUUGAGGAGGAGCAGGAGGCCAAGGCUGAGCUGCAGCGGGGGAUGUCCAAGGCCAACGGCGAGGUGGCUACGUGGAGGAGCAAGUAUGAAACUGAUGCCAUCCAGCGCACUGAGGAGCUGGAGGAGGCCAAGAAAAAGCUGGCUCAGCGCCUUCAGGAUGCUGAGGAGCAGAUUGAGGCUACCAACUCCAAGUGUGCCUCUCUGGAGAAGACCAAGCAGAGACUCUUGGGUGAGGUGGAGGACCUCAUGGUCGAUGUGGAGAGGGCUAACGGACUGGCUGCCAACCUUGACAAGAAGCAGAGGAACUUUGACAAGGUUCUGGCAGAGUGGAAGCAGAAGUAUGAGGAGGGACAGGCAGAGCUUGAGGGAUCCCUGAAAGAGACUCGUUCUCUCAGCACUGAGCUUUUCAAGAUGAAGAACUCCUACGAGGAAACUCUGGAUAAUCUGGAGACACUGAAGCGCGAAAACAAGAACCUGCAGCAGGAGAUCUCUGACAUUACCGAACAACUUGGUGAGACUGGUAAGAGUAUCCAUGAGCUGGAGAAGUCCAAGAAGCAGACGGAGACUGAGAAGGUUGAGAUCCAAACAGCCCUUGAGGAAGCUGAGGGAACUCUGGAGCAUGAAGAGUCCAAGAUUCUGCGUGUCCAACUGGAGCUCAACCAGGUCAAGGGUGAGGUUGACAGGAAAUUGGCUGAGAAGGAUGAGGAGAUCGAGCAGAUCAAGAGGAACAGCCAGAGGAUUAUGGAUUCCAUGCAGAGUACUCUGGACUCUGAGGUCAGGAGCAGGAAUGAUGCCCUGAGAAUCAAGAAGAAGAUGGAGGGAGACCUGAACGAGAUGGAGAUCCAGCUGAGCCAUGCCAACCGCCAGGCUGCUGAGGCCCAGAAGCAGCUGAGGAACCUGCAGGGACAACUCAAGGAUGCCCAACUGCACCUUGACGAUGCCAUCAGAGCAGCAGAUGACCUGAAGGAGCAAGCUGCCAUGGUGGAGCGUAGGAACGGCCUCAUGAUGGCUGAGCUUGAGGAGCUGAGGGCAGCUCUGGAACAGACAGAGAGAGGCCGCAAAGUGGCUGAGACGGAGCUGGUGGAUGCUAGCGAGCGUGUUGGACUGCUGCACUCCCAGAACACAAGCCUUUUGAACACAAAGAAGAAGCUGGAGACUGACCUUGUCCAAGUCCAGGGCGAGGUGGAUGACGUUGUUCAGGAAGCCAGGAAUGCUGAGGAGAAGGCCAAGAAGGCCAUCACUGAUGCUGCCAUGAUGGCUGAGGAGCUGAAGAAAGAGCAGGAUACUAGCUCGCACCUGGAGAGGAUGAAGAAGAACCUGGAGGUCACAGUGAAGGACCUGCAGCAUCGCCUGGAUGAGGCUGAGAACCUGGCCAUGAAGGGUGGCAAGAAGCAGCUCCAGAAACUGGAGUCCCGGGUGCGCGAGCUGGAGACCGAGGUUGAAGCUGAACAGAGACGUGGAGCAGACGCUAUUAAGGGUGUCCGCAAGUAUGAGAGGAGGGUGAAGGAACUCACAUACCAGACUGAGGAGGACAAGAAGAAUGGCUGCAGGCUCCAGGAUCUGGUUGACAAGCUGCAGAUGAAGGUGAAGGCCUACAAGAGGCAGUCUGAGGAAGCGGAGGAGCAGGCCAACUCCUACCUGUCCAAGUGCAGGAAGGUUCAGCAUGAGCUGGAGGAGGCUGAGGAGCGGGCUGACAUCGCCGAGUCUCAGGUCAACAAGCUGAGGGCUAAGAGCCGCGAUACUGGCAAGGCAAAGGAGGCAGAGUAACACUGCUUAUUCAGGAAUCACAGUCAUAAAAUAUGACGACGGUUACGAAUAAUAAUAAAAAGCUUGUUCAUGAUCCUUUUGUGUUCUUUGU